AUGGGUCGAGGAAAACUAGGUAUGGAGCUCAUUCGAAGCAAAAAGGCUCGCCUGAUCACCUUCAAGAAGAGAAAGUGUGGUUUAAUGAAGAAGAUAGAUGAAUUAUCAACUCUAUGUGGUGUUGAAGUGAGCAUGAUCAUAUAUUCAGCCAAAGAGGAUGCCUCUCCCAUUGAGCUAGAGAUUCAUCCUGCCGAUCCCAACAAGCUUCAGAACUUGAUCACCAAGUACAAAAACCAAACCAAUGAUGAUCGUCGAAAGAGAACUGUUGAUUUAUCGAACUUCUUCGAGGAUCGAAAGAGGCAGGCUGAGAAUGAACUUGUGAAACUGCAAAAGAAAAUUGAAGAGGCUAAGUACCCUACAUGGGAUGAUCAGUAUAAUAGUUUAUCAGAAGAGCAAUUGAUGGAAUUUGGUAAUGUGUUGGGGGGUAAGCUUGAAACUGUGAAAAAUAGGUUUGAACUCAUUAAGGCUAGUGAAAUAUUGACCACAACGGGUGUGGAUGUGAUGGACAGCUCACAAUCACAUGCACAAAUAGCCCAAAAUCAGUCUAAUUAUAUCAUGCAGGGUUUGCUUAGGAGGAGAAGCAUGCAAUUGGAAGUUUUUCGCCAGCCCUUUUCAUUGGUGAAUGCUAAUGAUUUUGAUCUUCUGCCUAUUCACUACCCUUUUGAUCAUAAACUAACCCAUCAGGGACUUCAUUUUGAUCCGACUUCAAUGGCAAAUCCAAUGAUGCUGAUGUUCAUGAAUGAUGAGGACUGUAGUACUGAUCAAUUUGGUGGCCCGUCGAGCAGCAAUGGACACUACACUCCAUUGAAUGGACCAGCUUAUGAUCCAAUGUCUGGGAUGCUUGAAAAUAUGAUGGUGAACAACCAAAGGCCUCCAGUGUAUUUCUAUGGCCAUCCAACCGUGUUGCCUAUGUCGGGGGAUAUGCAAUACCCUAUGCAGCCUUGCAGUUCAUCUCAAAUGCAUCCUUCUCAGAUGGACCAGUACCCAUGCAGUAAGUGA